AUGAAGCUCAUAUGCCUUAGCAGGAGGUACCCAAAGAACAUACCCGAAGCCCUUUUGCUGUUCAUCAAGAUGGAACUAGACACGAUGAUCGCUAAGGAAGAGGACAUCAGUCGAUUCAUUCCAGUUCAAGUCCAGGAGCUCUCUCAGAAGAAACAGCUCAGUAGUAAGAUGCGCUCUAUGCUACAAGAGACUUUUCUGCGGAAGUCUGCGGGAACCUUCCUUUGGGUUAGCUACAUGUCUCAAGACCUGCACAAACAGGGUGUGCUUGAUUUCGAGGCCUCUCUAGACAUGCUUCCGUCAGGAUUGGACGCUGUUUAUGAGAGAAUUCUUCAGAGUAUUGACUUUGAAAAGGGAAAAUUGAUCAAUGCCAUGCUCUAUUGGAUCCUGGUGGCCGCAAGACCCUUAACAGUAUGUGAACUGUGUGAAGCAGUAAGCAUGAAACCUACAAGGCUCUUGACCCGCGAAGAGGUCUGCAUUGAGCUAAUCAAGUCUUGCGGCCACCUGCUUCAAAUCGACAGUAGUGGCAGGUUAAGCCUCUUCCCAGAGACCGUGACAUUUCUACAUCAAAGUGCAAAGGACUACCUAAUGAAGUUCGAUCUCCCAUUAGGUUCCCAGGCAGCAGAUCUAGCAUACACCCAGCUCCACGAGCACGCUACAAUUGUUUUGAUUCGAUACCUCGAACAGAUAAAUUCCCGUAAAGGAAUUGCAAACGAAAGCAUACAUGAUAUAGCGAAUGAUUUUCCAUUGGCCUAUUAUGCUGUCGAGCAAUGGGGAUUUCACUUCAGGGAAUUAGAAGAUAUUACUCAGGUCAUGCGACACGGCAUGGCCUUCUUCGAAAAGGUUUCAGAGAUUAGACACAAGUGGCAAAACCUGUACGAACUCGAAGAAAGUGUGUAUGACUCUGAAACCGUACCUUUGCUUCAUUUGUCUGCCUUUCUUGGCCUGGAUAGCUUGGCGGAGUGGUGUCUGAGACAAGAUGGAGAACGCGAUAUUGAGACCGAGUGGGAGGGCGUGGCACGCACAGCUCUUGUCAUUGCCUGCGAGAAUGGUCAGGAGAACAUUAUUUCCUUGCUUCUUGACGCAGGCGCCAAUCCGAUUGCCGAUAUAAAUCGCACAAGUGCUCUUGGCGCUGCUAUAGUGCACUGUAACAGACGUGUUUUGCGCGUUAUGGGACGAACAGAACCUUGCCGGACGUUCUUAAUCAAUAGCGCAUCUGACCAAGAUGGCAGUUUGAUCUAUAUAGCAGCCGAUUUCGGCAAUGAGGAUGCAUGCCGCUUCUUAGUCGAGGAUCUUGGUUGGGAUCUCAACUGGCAAAGUGGAACUGUUGGUUACAGGGCGCUACUAUUUGCGCUAUCAAGUUGCAAUUUCGAACUCAUCAGCUGCUUUAUCAGAGAGUGGAAUAUCCCUAUCAGGAAUCACUCGGAGGUCCUCGAAGAGGAUAUCCAGGACCGAUAUGACAAGAUGCUUGGACCGACGGCGGAAGUUCAUAGAAGCUCUAUGGACGAAGCUAUGACAUUACUUGAAAGCUACUGUACCGUUCCUAAACAUUAG